GCUCCACACUAGUCCAGUCGGUGGCGGUAAUGCGCCAAAAGCAAGCUUGCCAACCGAAAUCAGACAUUUAAAGAAGAAGCAGCACUACUACUACUGCAGCAGCAGCAGCAUUUUAUAUUUAUUCUGAGAUGAGAUGAUGAAACCUUUUUUUUUUUCUUUCUUUCUUUCAGUUUAUGGAUGAAACAGUUCGAAUAAUUUCGACUGCCAUUUUACUAGUAUUGUAAAUGUCUAUUGUGUGUGGUAGCUCUUGGGGCUGGCUGUUGGACUCUUGCACUCACAUAGAUGAGGGUUUGCAGCGCUGUGUUUGUCAUAGUGCUGGGCUUGAAAAGCCGACAUACUUCAAAUACUGUUUCAAAAGGGAGUAUUUUAAUACUUUGAAGCCCCACGUUCAAAUUCAACAAAACACAGAUAUCUUGACAAGCUACACGGCAAAACAUAGCAAUGGUGAACAAGCAAAGACUGAUCUACAAACACGAAAGAAACGAAAGAGAAAGCAGCGUGAUCUCAAUACAGGGGAGUUAGAUGCCCAUAUUUAUCAUGGCAAGAUCAGGUCAGUGGUUCUGGAGGGCUCUCGGGCUCUUCUGGAAGCUGGUCGUCAGUGUGGAUACUUGACCGAAGCUCUGAUCACACCACCCUCUGAAUCCCUGACAACACACGAGUGCCAGCUAGCUGCCUUAUGUGACAUGGCCAAACAGCUCCCAUUAACGGACGAGUCUGAGGUGGCACCAGUGCAGACGCUGAACGGAGAUGGUCUGGAUCCACCGCUUGACAUAUUCUCAUACAUCACUGAAAACCCAUUUGACUGUGCUUAUGAGGUCACGCUGAUGAGGGAGAAGUAUCUAUUGCCCCCCCGCAGCCGAUUCCUGUUGUCUGACAUCACACGUAUGCAUCCACUUGUCCACAGUGGAGACAAAUUCGACCUUAUAGUCCUUGAUCCGCCAUGGGAAAACAAAUCUGUCAAAAGAAGCAACAGAUACAGUUCUCUGCCAUCCUCUCAGCUCAAGCAACUUCCUGUGCCAGCUCUGGCUGCUCCAGAAUGUUUGGUGGUUACGUGGGUAACUAACCGGGCAAAGCACCUGCGUUUCGUCAAAGAAGAGCUCUACCCAUACUGGGCAGUUGAAGUUCUAGCUGAGUGGCUCUGGGUCAAGGUGACUCGAACAGGGGAGUUUGUGUUUCCUCUGGAUUCACAACACAAGAAGCCCUAUGAAGUGCUGGUGCUUGGCAAGUAUCGCUCUUGCACUGAUCACACAGUCAGGUCUUCAGCAGUGGAUGACCUUCCAGAGCAACGGCUUCUGAUCAGCGUCCCCUCAGUACUGCACUCUCAUAAGCCUUCGUUGUCAGCUGUGCUAAAGCCUUACAUUAGCCGCAAGCCCAAGUGUUUGGAGUUGUUUGCCCGAAGUCUUCAGUGUGACUGGACCAGCUGGGGAAACGAAGUCAUCAAGUUCCAGCACAGCAGCUAUUUUACCAGAGAGAGGGCAGAGGAUCCGGCCCGAACAGCAGAGACUGCACUUACACAGUAGCUCAUGGACUUUUUUACAAGUGGAAGCCCAACAAUUUCUAGUGUAAGUUUUGAGUUUGUAUUAUAUACAUGGAUAUCAGCUUUCAGUACUACAUGUAAAAUGCUUCACAAUUGUGUUUUCAUCUGAAUAGUGUAUUUUAAACCAAACAGAAACAACAAUAUUUUUGUAUAAAAAUGUAUGCAAAGAAUACUAUCAAUUGGGAUUUGUACUUGCCAUUCCGAUAAUUUGUCUGGUUUUAGAAAUAUUUUUUAGUAUGUGUGUCAGAAAUGUAAUGUUAUUUUUAUAAAUAUUUUUGUUUUCACCACAUUUUUGAGUUUGUAACCAAUGGACUUGCACUUUGGGCACUAAUUGUUUGACUUCCAUUGUCUCAUGUUGGUUGUAGAAAUUAUGUAUCAAAAUGUUAACUGUACAACCUCAUGGGAUAUAUAAUGAUAUUUGACAUUAAACUUUAAAGAUCUUA